GAGCCGGUCGCGCCGGGGGAAGGAGUUUCCGGCGGACGCAGCGCGGAGCCGCUUCCUGUCCCGCUCGCCGCGCCGCCUCACGCUGCCCGUCCCGGACGCGGCUCGCGCGGGACCCGCUCCCCUGCCCCGGCAACACGUCCGGCCCCAUGCAGUCCCGGCUCCUGCUCCUCGGGGCGCCCGGCGGCCACGGCGGCCCGGCCGCGCGGCGCAUGCGGCUGCUCCUGCGGCAGGUGGUGCGGGGCAGGCCCGGAGGAGACGGGUGCGGGUCGGAGGUCAGACUGCUGCAUGCCGGGGCGGGGGCCGACACAGGUGAUACAGUUAAUAUUGGAGAUGUAUCCUACAAGUUGAAAACUCCUAAGAGCCCAGAACUUGUGCCACAGAAUUACAUUUCAGACUCUCUGGCUCAAUCUGUAAUUCAGCAUAUAAGAUGGAUGAUGCAGAAGGAUCUUUUGGGGCAAGAUGUCUUUCUCAUAGGACCUCCUGGGCCUCUUCGACGCUCUAUUGCUAUGCAGUACCUGGAGCUGACCAAACGGGAAGUUGAAUACAUUGCCCUAUCAAGGGACACCACUGAAACUGAUCUCAAACAGCGACGAGAGAUCCGCGCAGGCACGGCUUUUUACAUUGAUCAGUGUGCGGUUCGUGCAGCCACAGAAGGCAGAACUCUCGUUUUGGAAGGCUUGGAAAAGGCGGAGAGGAAUGUUCUGCCUGUUUUGAACAACUUGCUGGAAAAUAGGGAGAUGCAGCUUGAAGAUGGACGCUUCCUAAUGUCUGCAGAGCGUUACGACAAACUUCUCCAAGAUCAUACCAAAACAGAGUUGGAUGCUUGGAAGCUUGUUCGAGUUAGUGAAAACUUCCGAGUCAUUGCCUUGGGUUUGCCAGUGCCUAAGUACUCUGGGAAUCCCUUAGACCCCCCGCUCCGUUCUCGAUUUCAGGCCAGAGAUAUUUAUUAUCUACCCUUUAAGGACCAACUUAAACUGUUAUAUUCAGUUGGAGCCAAUGUUUCUGCUGAGAAAAUCUCUCAGCUCUUGUCCUUUGCCACCACUCUCUGUUCCCAAGAAUCUUCUACUCUCGGACUUCCAGAUUUUCCUUUAGAUAGUUUACCAGCUGCAGUUCAAAUCCUGGAUUCCUUUCCUAUGAUGUCAAUCAAACAUGCAAUCCAGUGGCUUUAUCCAUACACUAUCUUACUAGGACAUGAAGGGAAAAUGGCUGUGGAAGGUGUUUUAAAACGCUUUGAACUCCAAGAUUCAGGAAGCCCUGUGCUUCCUAAAGAGGUUGUGAGAGUGGAGAGGCUGACUGAAAGCCUUUCCCCCCAAGCUUCUGUGACUGUCCGGAUUGCAGAAAAAGAAGUGACCAUUCAGGUGCCAGCUGGGACCAGGCCAAUAAGUCAACCUUGUGCAUCAGAGCGUUUUGUACAGACUUUAAGCCAUAAACAACUACUGGCUGAGAUGAUGCAGUCACACAUGGUUAAGGACAUAUGUUUAAUUGGAGGAAAAGGUUGUGGAAAAACGGUCAUUGCUAAGAACUUUGCAGAUAACUUAGGAUACAACAUAGAACCCAUCAUGCUCUAUCAGGAUAUGACAGCACGUGAUCUGCUACAGCAGAGAUACACUCUUCCCAAUGGAGACACUGCUUGGCGGUCCUCACCCCUUGUGAAUGCCGCUCUGGAAGGAAAGCUUGUCCUCUUGGAUGGCAUUCACCGCGUCAACGCCGGCACACUCGCUGUAUUGCAAAGGUUGAUCCACGACCGGGAGCUAAGCCUGUACGAUGGCUCCAGGCUGCUGAGAGAAGACAGGUAUAUGCGCUUAAAGGAGGAGCUACAACUGUCUGACAAGCAGCUGCAGAAGAGAUCCAUUUUUCCUGUCCACCCCUCCUUCAGAAUCAUCGCCUUGGCAGAACCCCCUGUCUUUGGAAGCACCACACAGCAAUGGCUGGGACCAGAAUUCUUAACCAUGUUCUUUUUCCAUUAUAUGAAACCACUUGCCAAAAGUGAAGAAGUUCAAGUGAUUAAGGAAAUGGUCCCAAAUAUACCUCAGGAAGCUUUGGACAGAUUGUUAUCAUUUGCACACAAACUCAGAGAGACACAGGAUCCCACGGCCCAGUCAUUGGCAGCAUCACUAUCUACCAGACAGCUGUUGCGGAUUUCUCGUCGGCUGUCACAGUACCCUCAUGAAAAUCUUCACAGUGCAGUUACUAAAGCCUGCCUUUCCAGGUUCUUACCAAGCCUUGCAAGGUCGGCAUUAGAAAAAAACCUGGCAGAUGCUGCAAUAGAAAUAAGUGCUGAUAAUAAUCAGGAACCAGAAUUGGAGGAUUAUAAGUGUGAAGUAGCUUCUGGAUCUCUGAGGAUUGGAGCUGUUACUGCACCGAUCUAUAAUGCCCGGGAGAGAAUGAAAGUGCCUGAUGUUCUGUUCUAUGACAACAUUCAGCACAUGAUAGUGAUGGAAGACAUGCUGAAAGACUUUCUUCUUGGAGAACACCUAUUAUUGGUUGGCAAUCAGGGUGUAGGAAAGAACAAGAUUGUUGACAGAUUCCUUCACCUGCUCAACAGACCUCGAGAAUACAUUCAGCUGCACAGGGACACCACAGUACAAACCCUUACUCUUCAGCCUUCUGUUAAAGAUGGACUGAUUGUAUAUGAAGACUCACCUUUGGUUAAAGCAGUAAAGUUGGGUCAUGUUCUGGUGGUAGAUGAGGCAGACAAAGCCCCAACAAAUGUCACCUGUAUUUUAAAAACUCUAGUAGAAAAUGGAGAAAUGAUUCUAGCAGAUGGAAGACGCAUUGUUGCAAAUUCUGCUAAUGUCAAUGGAAGAGAAAACGUUAUUGUGAUUCAUCCUGAUUUUAGAAUGAUUGUUCUGGCCAACAGACCUGGAUUUCCUUUCUUAGGCAAUGAUUUCUUCGGCACUUUAGGUGAUAUCUUUAGCUGCCAUGCAGUUGAUAAUCCCAAACCCCAUUCAGAGCUUGAAAUGCUCAGGCAAUAUGGACCAGAUGUGCCUGAGACCAUCCUUCAGAAGCUCGUGGCUGCCUUUGGAGAACUGAGGAGUUUAGCUGACCAGGGGACUAUUAAUUAUCCUUAUUCUACCAGAGAAGUCGUCAACAUAGUGAAGCAUUUACAGAAAUUUCCCACGGAAGGUCUCUCCAGUGUGGUUCGGAAUGUGUUUGACUUUGAUUCCUACAACAACGAAAUGAGGGAGAUUUUGAUUAACACUUUGCACAAAUAUGGGAUACCUAUUGGAGCAAAACCGACCAAUGUGCAUCUGGCAAAGGAGUUGCCUCUGCCAGAGCAGACGUUCAUGGGCUUCUGGACGUUUGGUCAGUCAAGAAAUGGAAAGCAAAAACUGUUGUGUCCAGCAGUAACUCAUCACAUAGACGUAAAGGGUCCAGCACUUAUAAACAUACAGGAAUAUCCAAUAGAAAGAUAUGAAGAAAGAUCCCAAACCUUUACUGAAGAAUGUGCCUCCUGCAAAUUACCAUUGGAUGAAAUUAACUUAAUCUGUGACAUUGCUACGUCAUGUGAAAAUGAGGAAAAUACCCUCUAUGUAGUUGCAUGCAAUCCCAUCACCUUAUACUUUCUGAACAUGACGGGGAAAAGUGGCUACAUGGUGGACCUCUCUGACAUCUUCCCAAGAAUGGCCAGUAGAAUUUGGCACCCAUUUGUGACAGUGGCACCACUGGGAAAUCCCCUCAAGGGUCAAGUGGUUCUCCACGAGCAGCAGAGUAAUGUCAUCCUCUUGUUAGACACCACUAGCCGAGCCCUUCGACGUCUCAUCCUCCCUUCCGAAGAGGUUACACCUAAGAAAUCUUCCUGGUGGAACAAGGAGGAAGCUGAAACUUAUAAAAUGUGUAAAGAAUUUUCGCACAAAAACUGGCUAGUAUUCUACAAAGAAAAUGGGAACAGCCUGACUGUGCUGGAUGUUCUCGAAGGGCGAACACACACCAUCUCACUUCCCAUCGACCUCAAGACAGUCUUCCUUGUAGCCGAGGACAAGUGGCUUCUGGUGGAGAGUAGAACACACCAGAAAUAUCUUUUAACUAAGCCUGCACACAUCGAAUCUGAGGACAGCGGGGUUUGCCAGUUGUACGCAUUGAAAGAGGAGCUGCCUAGCACAGGAUUUGGAGUCAUACAAGAAACAGAUUUCAGCAUACCUCAUAAAAUUUCAAGUGAUCAACUAUCAUCUGAAAAUCUAAGUUCAGCAGUGGGACAAAAGAUUGCCUCUCCUAACCGAAUUCUCUCAGAUGAGACUAGUUAUGCUACGGUUGUUGUUGGUUUCCCAGAUCUCAUGUCACCCAGUGAAGUCUAUUCUUGGAAAAGGCCAUCAUCUCUUCAUAAACCAAAUGUCACUGACACAACAUUCUAUGGAGGAAAGAAAACAAGUGAAAGUCCAAAGCAGAGCAAUUGUGUGACUCUUUUAGAUACUAAUCAGAUAGUCAGGAUUUUGCCCCCAGGAGAAGUCCCUCUAAAAGAUAUCUACCCAAAAGAUGUUACCCCUCCACAAACAGCUGGUUAUAUGGAAAUCACUGACCUUCAAUCAAAGAAACUCCGAUACAUCCCUAUUCCCAGAUCAGAAUCUCUCUCACCAUAUACCACAUGGCUGUCUACUAUUUCGGACACAGAUGCACUGCUAGCUGAGUGGGGCAAAGGUGCUGUUAUUACUGUCGAUAUGGGAGGUCACAUCAGGCUUUGGGAAACUGGACUUGAACGUCUGCAGCGAUCACUCAUUGAAUGGAGAAACAUGAUUGGACAAGACAGUGACAGACAUAUGCAGAUAACAAUCAACAGAGAUAGUGGUGAAGACGUGAGUUCCCCCAAACACGGGAAGGAGGACCCAGACAACAUGCCCCACGUGGGCGGGAAUACUUGGGCUGGUGGAACAGGGGGAAGAGACACCGCAGGCCUGGGCGGCAAAGGAGGUCCUUACCGGCUGGACGCGGGCCAUGCGGUGUACCAGGUGUCUGAGGCCGAGAAAGACGCGGUUCCCGAGGAGGUGAAGAGAGCCGCCAGAGAGAUGGGCCAGAAGGCCUUUCAGCAGCGGCUAAAGGAGAUCCAAAUGAGUGAAUAUGAUGCCACAACCUAUGAAAGGUUCUCAGGUGCUGUUCGACGGCAGGUGCGCUCCCUCCGAAUCAUCCUGGAUAAUUUACAGGCUAAAGGUAAAGAAAGACAGUGGCUAAGACACCAAGCUAUGGGGGAACUAGAUGAUGCCAAGAUCAUCGAUGGGCUCACUGGAGAAAAAGCCAUCUACAAACGCCGGGGUGAGCUGGAACCACAACUGGGCAGCCCCCAACAGAAACCCAAGCGCCUGCGCCUGGUGGUGGAUGUGUCUGGCAGCAUGUACCGCUUUAACGGGGUGGAUGGCCGGCUGGAGCGUUCAAUGGAGGCCGUGUGUAUGGUCAUGGAAGCCUUCGAGAACUACGAAGAGAAGUUCAAGUAUGACAUCGCUGGACACUCUGGAGAUGGCUACAACAUUGGUCUGGUUCCAAUUAACAAAAUCCCCAAGGACAAUAAGCAAAGACUAGAAAUUCUGAAGACAAUGCAUGCCCAUGCUCAAUUCUGCAUGAGUGGGGACCACACGUUAGAGGGGACAGAACAUGCCAUCAAGGAAAUUGUCAAAGAAGAAGCUGACGAGUACUUUGUCAUCGUCUUAAGUGAUGCAAACCUGUCACGAUAUGGAAUACAUCCUGCCAAGUUUGCCCAAAUCCUGACAAGCAACCCUCAAGUAAAUGCUUUUGCCAUUUUCAUUGGAUCUUUAGGUGAUCAAGCAACCAGGUAAGGGUCUCCUCGGGAUACAGCAAAGGACAGGUAUAGGGACCUACCUGGUGCAUGUCAUUUCACGGGAUUGGCAUCAGGCGGGGCAGUGGAAGAGAAAAAGGAGGAAUGGCCCGUAGGGUUGCUGCUGUCAUGGAGCUGAUAGUCCAGUUGGAAGGAUAUAAUGCUCCGGCUUAUGUUUGGAUGAGCAGUAAUCGUUUGAAAUUAACGAUUUUCCAUUGUGUGUUUAGACCAACAAUAGGAUAAUUAACAAAUUGAUUUGUCCACAAAUAAAUUAGACAGUAUUUUAUAUAUUUUCACUUAACAUCAAGGUCUCAAGCUCAGUUCUAAUCAGUUCAUGUUCAAAUCAUAUUCAAAGUUAGCAAACAUCUAUUUUCCCAGCAUAAGAGAUUGCAUAUAUAUAUGUUUGUGUCUGUAAAACCUGUAUAUAAAUAAUAUAUAAAAUACACACACAUACACAUACACAUACA